UUUCAUUUCAGACAGCUCGUCCUGUGCUUUGGAUAGGAUUCGCACGUGCAGCCUCGAGUAGAUCGUUGUUGCACAGAUCAAAUGUCAUGAUCAUUCCCUUACAUUAAUUUCCAUUCAACUCCCUCCAUCUCAUUUCCAUUUGUUCAUUUCCGACCAACAUCCUGACAUGUCUGACAAGGAAGAUACGUCUACAACAGCAUCAGUGCGGAGUACACUAAGGAACAGAAGGACCACUGUCAAGGAUGCAAGUGACGAGUCUGACACAACCCCUGUCGUUGCCUCCACCAGUACAUCAAUCUCGACAGCUAUGAAGAAAGGAGCCGCUAUCUCCCCAAAGGAUACUGAAGAUAACAAGAAAAAAAAGGCUGCUGUUAUUCGUGCUCGCCAACAGGCUAAGAAAUCAUCACAACUUAGAAGUAUUAUGAUGUCGUUGUUGAUCGCUUCAGUUGGUGUGCUGCUCAAGUCUGUGUAUGAAAGAUUCUUCAUCCCUAGUCGCGACAUUAGCAUUUCUCAGACUGCGGGAAUUCAGGGCAAUUGCUACAAGACGGCAUUCAUUCCUGGACCCUCAGACAUCGAAAUCAGUGACCACGAUCAGCUUGCCUUUGUUUCUUCGGAUGAUCGGUCAUGGGUCAAGGAGAGCAGUUUUUUCCACCGGCCUAGCAGAAAGACUGAACAAGACGGGGGCAUUUAUACCCUUUCUCUAGCCCAACCGAAUUCUUCGCCCAAGGAGGCACAACUUCGGGACUUUUCAUCUGAGGACUUCCAUCCCGCCGGCAUGUCGCUUUAUCGUUUCCAAGAUCCUGACACGCAAGCCUGGGCAAAUCGUUUGUUUGUGAUUAACCACUCCCAUAAAGGCGAUGUAGUGGAGAUAUUUGAUUACUCGAUUGACGAUACUACACUCAAGCACGUUAAAAGUAUUCAGAGUGAGCUUUUUGUUACUCCAAAAGACAUUGUUGCAGUUGGGAGAGAGCGGUUCUAUAUGACUAAUCACCAUGCAAUGAGUAAUAAGUAUGGAAGGGUUGCUGAGGAAGUUGCAGGCCUUGCCCUUGGGUCAGUUGUUUACUACAACGGUACGGAUGCUCGCAAAGUUCUCGAGAGUCUUGCGAAUCCUUAUGGCAUUGCUGUGUCACCAGAUGCGACCCAGCUUUAUGUUUCCUCAUUUUUGGACAGGGUUGUCCAUGUUUAUAAUACAACAGAUGAAACGACUCGGGGUGAAUUGGUUCAUGAUGUCGAUAUAUGGGUAGGGAACCAUGUGGACAAUUUAUCGGUGGAUAAGCAUACUGGGGAUAUCUACGUAGCUAGUCAUCCUUCAUAUUCGACCUACCUUCGUCACAAGCUUGGUUAUGAGCCUCAAUCUCCUUCGCACGUGGUUAAGAUUGAGAAAUUGGCGCCCGAGAAUUUUAUCCGCCAGGAGAGCACUCAGCCUGAUAUGUAUUUCUUCCCGAAACCCGAAUUGCCUCCACUCAAGUGGGAGGUCAAGGAUUUGUUCUAUAGCAAUGGCGAAGAUAUUUCAGCAUCGAGUGUUGCUGCGUAUUGGAAUAACGACUUGAUCCUCGGAUCUUCCACAAGUCAUCAUCUUUUGCGAUGCUCACUUAGUCUUGAGCAAUAAGAUUGUGUUUGGGCAAGCUGGCCAUAGCGUGCAUUACCAACUUUAAAUUAUGAGGAUGACCAUUGACGUAUUUAAAUAAACAGAUUCCCAUGCCACAUGUGUCAUGUAGUCGAUCCAAUAAAUGGAAAGUAAAAAUAAAUUUAUCAGGGCCAUCAUCCAAUCGUCCCGUGUUUAACC